AUGAAGUUAUGGACCGAUACAAAGGACCGACGCAAGUACGAAGAUCUGUCGGAUUUGUAUGCCAUUUUCAAGACCACGGAGCACCUGGAAGCCGCUUACGUUCGAGACGCCAUCACACCCGAACAGUAUACGGAAGCGUGUACAAAGCUGAUUUCACAGUACAAAACAGCCGAGACGGCGCUACGUUCCGGAGGCUUUAUUGACAGCGUCGAAGCUUUCGUCUCCGAGUACAGACUGGACUGUCCUCGAGCACUCGAGCGACUCGUUCGCAUCGGUGUGCCGGCUACUGUCGUGCACAAUACGAUCAACCGCAAGACGGACUCGGUCAAUGUGGCGCAGACCGUGCAAAACUUCAUCACGCUCAUGGACGUGCUCAAGCUCAACAUUCGAGCAAUGGACGAGAUCCAGCCGCUGCUGAGCGAGAUGAUGAGCUCGUUGACUAUGGUAAGCGGCUUGCCGCCCAACUUUACAGGACGCGACAAAAUCGAGGGCUGGCUAUGUACCAUGAACGCUAUGAGGGCUUCCGAAGAACUGGAUGAGGAGCAAACGCGUCAGCUGAGUUUCGACCUUGAGCGUGCGUACUCGUCGUUUAUGGCUUUUCUAAACGAAUAG